AUGCCUUCUCGAACCUCCAUACAGUAUCUUUUGGCGCCCACUGCGGCCACGCCGACACUUCUUGACGAGACGAAGGCUGUUCAAGAAGACAUGGUCGGACCGCACACCUCGCCCGCUGCUGCCAUGUCACCGUCAAUAAAUUUCCAGCGCCAACAAGCAGACGUGGAAUUGUAUUCUGACAUCAGAGGCCAUUCCACGUCGGCGUGCUCGUUAUUAUCGCCUGCAAAGCUGACGUCCUCUGGGCAACCGACCUUUGACGAUAUGGUCUCGGUAUAUACACGGCAGUCCUCAGACGUCACGUCCUCGAGUAUGGCUCUCCAGGAACAGAUGUUCAGCGGAUAUCACAAUGUGGGCUCCGCUGGCCUUUUGGCCCACUCAGCAGUCUACGAUCCAGCCUUUCUUUAUGCGGCUCACGAUUGCUACUGUGGAUGGUAUGCUGGGUGCGGAAUCUGUGUGUUCAAGCCAGUGGAGCAUAGCAUACCGAGCGGCUCUUGUACGGAGAGCUCACAUCUCCAAACCGGGUUCACUGAUGGAUAUCUGACAAACGCGGCUGAUUCGUCUCACGCUAUCUAUGAUGAGCCGCUCUCCCCGUGGGUCUAUGAUCUUGAUGGCCGGCCUAUCUCGCAACAGGGCUUUGUUCUUGGAAACGUCGACGACGGAGGUGUUAUUGGGGAGAACGUUAGACCUACUACUCUUCCAGUAUCGGCUUUUCCCGAGCAGAUAACCGCGUGGAAAGAUUGA